AUGUCGGAAAGUUUCCACGCAGCUCUCAGUAUGUCAGUACCACCUGCCUUGAAAUUAGGAAAAUUGAGCUUUGCCAGCUUUGGCUUCCCCCUCAAAAUCAAAGUCGGCAAGAAAAAACAGGAGUUCUACGUCAGUAAGGAACUCAUUUGCUGCCAUUCAGACUUCUUCAAGACCGCAUGCAAGAAGGAAUGGAAAUCUGGCAGAGACAACGUGGUGUGCCUCGAAGAAGACGACCCGAAGAUAUUUGCCUUAUUCCUCGCCUGGUUGACAACUGGCAGUAUCAAGGCUUCAAACAAUAUUUUCCCUACUCCGAAAUUGGACGGUAUUUCGGUGGACGACCACGUUCGUACUGCCGACAAUGAAAACCGCAUACACGACAUAAUUAUGAACGACAACUCGAGUCGGUUUUAUCAACUCUUAGAAUGCUACUUCUUAGGGGACUGUCUCCAAUCUGAAGCUUUCCAGAAUCACAUAAUCGAUGAAAUACUCGUGAUCAUCAGGUAUCGAGACCAUAUCAGAUACCAUUAUCCCAAACUCAAUGCCAUAUGUCUUUGUACUGGAUUUCGAGCAAUUCAGACUUUCUACGCCAAAACUACAGCGAAAUCGCCUUUGAGGCGACUUCUACUUGAAUAUCAUCUACACAUGAAAGUUGAGUUGACAUCCGAGUAUAUGGCCAAAUUCAUCAAGGGCGGUUUGCAGGAUUAUGUCUUCGAGAUGUUCGCCAUAGCUAAGAAGUUCUAUGGCACAUCGUUUUCUACGGCUCCAUGGGACCGAUAUCCGUGCUACUAUCACAGUCACGGUGGCUUGAGACAUCAAAUGCACCCUGGUUGUUGCAUACCACCUUUGGCGGAUGCUAUUUGA